AUGUUCCAUAUUAAGAUGUGGCAUUGUGCCAGUGAAUUUUCCAGAAUGGAAAAAUGCCCUAGAGUUGAAAUAUAUUAUUGGUAAGAAGGCGUGACCACAGACUUUCACUGUGCAUUUCCCUACUGAUAGAGCUUUGCUCUGUGGUCAUCUUUUUCCCCCUGUCAACAAGUUUAAAAACUAAUAUUUAAUGCCAAUGAACAGACUCAUUGCUCUUUACAAAUGAACUGAAAGGAGAGGACAGAGAAGUCCUAGAGAGCUGCUCCAGAGAAGGUAACUAUGAAAUAAUUUGUAUUGAGAGAUCAAGGCCAUCUGGAGGCACUGAAUAAUAUGAAUAAUUGAUAUAUGUCUGGUUUUCCUGAAACGAAUGGAUUCUGAUGCACUUGCAAAACAGAAGGGGAUUUAUUAUACUUAACGAAUUAUGCACGUCAUAUCUAGAACACACUGAUAGCCAUAAUGCAUCACAGAACCGAAGCCCUUUGAUUCCAGUGAGCUUCUGCACUCAUAACUGUGAUGGACUGUGAUCAAACAAUGCAGACUAACUGUAAUAGAUAGGAUUAGUUCUGAGUUUAAGAACUGCAUAAAGGGCUAGAUGGAAAAAGAAUGAAGCAAAAAUAUAUGUAUAUGAGUGGUGUUUCGAGCUUAAGUUGGGGUUUUUUAAGGCCUAUUUCUUAAAUACAGUAACAUGAAUCUUAUAGUACAUAUUCAAUGUGGGAUGGUUUUAACAUUCAUGAAUAAUGAUUAAAAUUUACUAUAUCCUGCACACAGACAUACACAUCACACACAAGUCUUUGCACCUUAUCUUCUCUGGGAUUAUGUGGUGAGAAUUGGUUUGAAUGUGUUCUCAAUAUGUAACAUUCCCAAAGGUAGAUGGGCAUAUAAAAAAAUAUUUAAAAGUCUGAAAACAAACCUUUUCUGUGUUAUUGUUUAUUGAUAGCUGUCAAAACCAUAGAACUGUAGAGUGGGAAAGGACCCUGAGAGUCAUUUCCCCCCCAAUCAAUUGGGUAAUAAAACAAUUUGCAUAAUUAAAGCAGGCCAUAACUUGUUGUGAUGGGUGAUACAAACCAGCAUGAAACUGAUUUCAUUGAACCUAAGCAUACUUGACCAUGUGUGGGAUUGUGGUUAACAUGUUUUGUGCAAAAUAUUGUGGAGCUAUACCACAAAGCAACAAGUACAGUAGUGCCCCGCAAGACGAAUGCCUCGCAAGACGAAAAACUCGCUAGACGAAAGAGUUUUCCGUUUUUUGAGUCGUUCCGCAAGAUGAAUUUCCCUAUGGGCUUGCUUCGCAAGACGAAACGUCUUGCGAGUUCUUGCGGGUUUGUUUCCUUUUUCUUAAAGCCGCUAAGCCGUUAAUAGCCGCUAAGCCGUUAAUAGCCGCUAAGCCGCUAAGCCGCUAAUAGCCAAUAAGCCGCUAAGCCACUAAUAGCCGUGCUUCGCAAGACGAAAAAACCGCAAGACGAAGAGACUCGCGGAAUGGAUUAAUUUCGUCUUGCGAGGCACCACUGUAUUGGUUUGUGUUUGGUUUGAACGUGUUCAUUGUUUCUAAAUAGUCUCACUCACCUUUUUACCAUACUGGAUUUCAAGACUGUACAAGUUCAAUUUAAAAAUAGAAAACAAGAAGUGGGGCACUGAAAUAAAAUGUUACUAUAUAUAGUGAUUCAGCCCCUCCGUUCCGUUAUUUCUCCCCAAAUAUUUAUCUCCCCAUCCUCCUGCAACAGUCCAAAAGCAUCCAGUGUGCACUGAGCACCCACAACCUAUCUUCAUUUGGCUCUGGGUUUUUUCAGGGUGGGGAGCUCCAUUAUGGUUUUGAGGAGAUGUGUCAAAUCUCAGCUACAAUAAAAUACUGGAUCUCUCCAUUUAUUUAUUUAUUUAUAUACAUAGCUCUCACCCCUAACUCUGGGGAUAUUUAAAAAUAGCUUCUUAGUGUGGCCCUGUAUAGGGAAGCUGUAUAAGGUUUAAUGUUUUAUUAUGUUUUUAUAUAUGCUGGAAGCCACCCAGAGUGGCCAGUGCAACCCAGUUAGAUGGGUGGGGUACAAAUAAUAAAUUGUUGUUCUUGUUGUUAAUAUGACUGAGUUUAAAUGUGUUCAGCAGUUUUUAUGGGACUAAGUUGAUAUUUAAGAAUGGAUAAACUUGGAACUGUUUGACUUGGAAAUGGCUGCUUAAAUUUGAUCACCACUGGAAUUUUUCAGUUGAUUUGAUAGUGUUCACUUGGGUUUAAUUGUUUGUUCAUGGAUUAAAGAAAGCUGAUACUUUACUUUCCUCUUGCCUUAUGCAACCAAUCAGGUGCUUCGUAUUUUCUCUUAUGUAUGUCUUCACAAUGCUUCAACAAUAACUUCAAUUGUUUCAGCAAAAGGCAGUGACAAAUAUUUACUUUACAGUAACAAAGAGAAAUUGCAAGAAUGCAACAUAGCAGGAACAGGGCAUAGGGAUAUAAAAGGAGCCCUUUUUAAUUCUAUUUUAAUUAUUUGCACAUUGACAACAGUUUACAGUUUACAUUCCCUGUUCUGGUAUACCAGAUUUUUUUCGAAUUGUAGAAGCCAAAUCAUAGUUAUUUCAAUUACAUUGCAUGUAUAUUCUUCCUGGAGCCAGUCAAAAAUAUAGUUAAACAGAUCUUGUCAUAGAAACAAAAUUUUAAAGGUGUUUCCUAUCUUGUGGCAGUGGUGAUAAUAUUCUGGCUACUUUGCAGAACUCUAGCCCAAUGGUUGCCAUUAAUUUGAUUUGAACUGAUUUUAUAAUGAAUUGCUUUUAGAAUGCUGUAUUAUUUGACUGUUGUUAGCCGCUCUGAGCCCGGCUUCGGCUGGGGAGGGCGGGAUAUAAAUAAAAAAAUAUUAUUAUUAUGCAAGGUUAAUCAGUAAAUGAAAGUGAGAUUGCUAUUUUUGCCCUAUUGUAAUAAUUUUGCCUCUUUAACCCAACAGCCUUUGCUUCCUUUGACCCCAUACUGAUGUGAGUACCUGAGGUUAUUGCAAACAAAGCAAAGCAACAACAACAACAAAAAGUUGGCAUCCUUUUUGAUGCCUUUUUAUCUUCUAAAAAACUCAUCCAGAAGUGAAUCCAGGGCUUUCUAGAGGGUUUGUGAGCUUAAGGUCUUACAUUCUCUCCAUUCUAGCAAAGGUGACUAGUUGGAAGGACAGAACAAAACGCUACAAAAAUAUUUGUAUACUUUGACAUUAUAUGCACUACCCUCUUUUCCCUCAGGUAUAUGUGACUGAUACAAAAAAUUAAUACGGUGUUAUUUUCUUUCUCUCUCUCACCAGAAUGGAAUAUAGGAACUUCCUCCUUGGCUUCCUUCUCUCCUGCACGUUGCUCAUAACCAGCUACUCUUACAUGGUAUUUGAGGAAAAGCAGAAUGCCAUCAACAGUACGGUAAAUAGUAACAAAAUCAAGUUUCCGGAUCUCCCACCUAUCUCAAUAGUAGGUCAGUAAAGUCUUCUGUUUGGAAUCUUAAAAACAGAACUGGGAGGCAUGCAACUUCUGAAAGAAGAACUCAUUGUGUCUCUUUUACCUCUGCCUCUGUUCUGGUACUUUGUAGCCCAGCCUUGAUCAACCUGGACCUAAUCUGGAACUGAGCCCUGCCAUUAUUUAUUUAUUUUUAAAAUAAACUAAUACCGUCAUUUCAGGCAAGUAGGAGUGGAAAGGAACACCUCUCAAAUUCAGCUGAUUAAUUUUACGUUUUCAAAAACAAAAGCCUAUACUCCUAUUAGAUACUGAGUGACUGAAUCCAUGUAAAUCCCUUAGCUAUAUUUGCACUUUAGCUCAAAUCGUCACAAUCCCACCAAUGCCUCUGUCAUCCUUAAAAAAAGCAUAAAGCUAUGGGGUAGCUUUCCAGGACUACUCAAACUGAACCCAUAUGAACUCCACCACAUCACAGAGUUACCAGAUGAGUCAAUCAAAACUUCAAGGCUAAUUUUAUAAAGGCUCUUCAUAGGCAUUCUGGGAUUAAUAGAAACACAUUUACAUUAGCCAUCUGUUCACAAAUAGCUAAUUGAACUAAAUUGAGAGUAAAGUAAAUUUGAUAUUGGGAAAGCUCAACAUCUAAGCAAAAUAUGGCUUUCAUAAUUGACCUGAAUCUGCUAUCAUUUCAGAAUACAGCCUACCCAAGUUAAGGAUUGUCAUGACUUCUAAAUGCUUGGGAAUAAAUCACAGAACAUUGCAAAAGACAAUAGUGGAAUUCGCUUUCCUUUAUAAUGCUCUUGAAUGAGAAUGCCAGCUAUAUCGGUUGGAAUUCCAUGUAGCACUAUUCUGAACAUUCUGUCUGCAGAAGCAUUUCAGCUCACCAGAUGGAAUGAUUCCCCCCUCCUCCCCAUGUGCUGUUCUGGAGGCUUUCUCUCUCACACACAAGGUAAUUUCAGGGGCACAAGGGGAGAAGAUGAGGGAAAGCUCCAUGGUGCAAGUGGAAGCCCUUGCAAGGGUUUCUGCUGAUGUGGCUCCUUAGGUGAAUCCCACCCAAAGUAUUUUUGUAAACCAUCAUAGAAUAUAACUGAAGGGUGCAGUAUAAAAGCAAUGUAAAAUAAAUCUCAAUAAUUACCUUGACUGCUAAAGUCAGGUUCACUACUACCAGAAUGGAGCAAAGUUGUGUUCUACUUCCUCUGACAAAGUCAACUGGAUCUCAGUUAUCUCUUGCAUGAGGUUUGGUAGAAGAUGUGUUAUCACAAUCCAUCUGUAAUGGCAACAAAGUCCACUUUUGAAAAAUGAAGAUAUACAGGCAGUUGCUAAAAUUAGAUGUCUUGGAAUGGGUCCAGAACCACCAGGCCAUAGAACAUCCGCUGCCUAGCCUCCUCUUUGGUUCUUUCCUUCCCAAAGUGAGCUGCCAAGGAGCAAUAGACCAUUUCUAUGUAUCUGGCACUGAAGAAAAACAAGCCAUCUGUGGAGGAAUACCACAGUAUUAUCAGAACAAACAAGCAGCUCACUUUUCUUCCUUGCUCAGUAUCAAGGAAACAACUGCUUUCCAAGAUCCAUUCUAGCUAGCUUUUCAGAUGCAAUGGUGGGAAGGAUAGCAACAACUGCCCAAACCUCCAAUGAUACUUUCAGCUUCUCUACCCAGUGGACCUGCACAUGCGAGAAUGAAUGGAUGAUGGCAGAAUAGGACAUGUGCUUGUGUGCAUAUGAGAGUGAGAGAGAGAGAGAGAGAGGAUGAAGGGGAGAAAGGAGGGAGAAAAUGGAGAGUAAAAAAACUAUGCAUGACUUGGAGAAAGUAGAUAGAGAAAAAAUUUUCUCCUCUCGUAACACUAGAACCCAGGAACAUCCAAUGCAGAGUUAUGUUUGAAGAUUCAGGACAGACAAAAGAAAGUACUACUUUAUACAUAGUUAAACAAUAGAAUUCACUCCCACAGGAGGCAGGGAUGACUACUAACUUCAGUGGUUCUAAAAGGGGGCUAGACAAAUUCAUGAAGAAUGGCUCCUAGCUACUGGCCACAAUGGCUAUGCCAGAAGCAGGAUGUUUUUGAAUAGUAGUUUCUUGAAACCACAGUAGAGGAGAGUGCUCUUGCACUCAGUUCCUAUGUUUGGGCUUCCCAUAGGCAUCUAGCUGUUCAUUGUGACAACAGGAUGCAGAACUAGAUGGGCCGUUGACCUGAUCCAGCAGGCUCUUCUUAUGAGUGGCAGAGAGAAAUUCUUUGUUUUGCAACCUUGGGUUUUCUAACAAAUCAAAAAAGGAACAAUAUAACUGUGUGACUCACACCUACUUCCAAACUCUAGACUCUAGACAGUAAGGUACUGAGAGAGGAAAAGAGACAAGGUACAUGUCUAGUACCCUUGCAUGUGUCUGCUAUGUACAUUAAUGUAUGUGUAAAUAAAUCCCUGAAAGGGCAAGGGAGCAUAUAAGCGAGGUUGCUUAUAUUAGAAACAAAUAUAAAUAGACAAAUGAGAAAUGACUGUAACUGAAAAGGCCUGUAAAAAGAUGCUUCACACUUUCUAUCAGUAUAGAUUUACUGUCAUCAGGAUUACAUGGAGAUCAUUAUACUCUUGAGUAAUCAUCAGUUACAAAGAGCACAUGAAGCAAAUCAGGAUGGAAUUGAGGACCUAGAAGCAGCAGCGAUGGAUGCAUUCAAUAAGAUGAAAGGUUGCAAGACAAAAGUAAAUGUCAGCAGAGGUGCUGGAAGUCAGCGCUGAUAGAAGGUGUGACCUCUCUUUUUGUAGGCCUUUUCAAUUACAUCCUUCAGUAGGGAAAUGAUGAACAAGUACCAUAAGGCUUUUCAGUGUGUAUUUAAAACACAAAAGGCAUAUUAUCUAUUAUGUGAGAUUUCCAAGAGAGGAACUAGAUGAAACAUGAUCUGACAUAGGUUGUGCUAAAUUGCUAUAAAGCAUAAGGAGGGAGGUAAUUUAAUGUACAGCUGAGUGAGAAGGGUUCUUUCCCACAGCCAUUUUUUCUCCUGGGUGGAGUUAUUUUUGAUCUGGAAAGUGGUAGGGCAACAGUGAUUUCAGUGGUACAACAUAGGCAGAGACAUUCCUUCCUGUCUGCCCCAAUGCACUUUAUACUCCCAGCCCACAUAUGAUUUUGACAGCGUCACAUGGAUCACAUCUGUCUGUCUGCAGAGGGUCAGUUAUGGCUUUAUAUCCAGGUGGUGUAUAAAGGUUUGAUUUGAAUUACAAUGAUUUUUAGCAGUACUAUAUUUUUGUAAGAGCAUCUGUGCAGCAAGCAUGGCCAAUAGCCAGGGAUUAUGGAAGCUGUAGUUAAGCAACAUCUGGAGGACCAAUGAUUCCCCACACCUGACACAGCAGGAAACCAUGGCUUCUCAUUACAUCCAAACCUACCCAAUUCUUCAAUGUCAUACUUCCACCCAGCCUAUUAAGGAGAUUAUUUUCACCUGCAAGAGGUGAAGAAAGGAAGUGGGUUAGAGAACUGUUGGAGAAAUACGAGGAGAGUUGCAGAAGCUAUGUCUCCAAGUGCUGAAAGUUAUAGGCAAUGUCACCUGGUGAUAAGCUGAAUGCUCAAAAGCUCAAGCAAACCUGGCAUGCUCAAAAUCAAAUGAACAUAUGGAGCAAGGUGGUUGCACUAGAUUAUAUAUAAUUCAGUAAGGGUUACCCAAAACGUUUUUUAGUGCUCAGAUAGAUGAGAAGCAUAGAGUUGCCAUCACUCCCCAUCUCUUUACCCCCCCCCCCCAUUCUUCAUAAGUAUAUUUUUGUAUGUAUAGUUCUUCUGACCCUACAAUUGACAUCUCAUGAUGUAUGGCAUAUAAAAGGCAAUACAGUACCCCCCCUCCACAUGUACUCAGCAGGCCCUGUCAAUGUGACCAAUGAUCAGGGAUGGUGAGGUGGCAGGGUAUAGAACCAAAUGGUGCAAAUGUCCCGGAAGGCCUGUAAACACCAUCUUGGUAGUCAAGAUAACCCCAAGACUAAUUCGUAUUUACGGCAAAAAUAAACUCAUAGUUUAUCUGCUUGCUUUGAAACUUUAAAGUCUCAAGCUGGCUGCCUUUCAGCCACUCCCUUAUCUGAGAGAUGGAUGGGACUGGGGAACGGACCUCUAAGCCAGGGGUUGUUAAUUGGGGUCAGCUUACGUAGCUGGCUUUUUAUAUAAGUAGCCCAUAUACAAUUGGCCUGUCACAAACAAAGCCAUGGUGCUUGCUGUUUCAAUGUCCGUCCUGAGGUAUAGCAGCAAGGAAUCCUGCAUUGCAUUGCUGUAUGUAACCUUCUUGAUAUAAAGCACUUGAACUGAUCACUUUGCCAUUUUAUGCAUAUUUCUUUGGAAUCCCUGCAACUGAGUUAUUUGGGGCAUCAGUCAAUCCUUUGUCCCGGUCUGUAUUUGGACUCACGGGGAUGAAACAUGGUGUUGUAGUAGCAUCUGGAAGGUACUACAUCACCUACCCCUGAAGUAAGCAAAAUGUGAGGUGGCACAGAGGGUGAUGUCAUCAUGUUACAUAUUGUAAUUUGCCACAUUACUUGGAAUAAGGGGACAGAGACAAGCAAUGUGAGAAAAUCCAUGUCUCUCAAAGUAUCUACUUUCAUGUUACACAUUCAUGCAUGGUAACACCUUAAAAAAAUGUUUUUCCCCUCUAAAGAUUUAACCAAAACGUCCCUGAAGCUCAGCAGGAAUGAGGCUGAGAAAAGGAAAUCUAUGAAGGUGAGUGAUCCAUCUUGAAAAGUCAGCAAGGUCAAAAUAGUUCAAGUUGUCAGUAACAGGUUAUAGGACUUCUCACUUUUACAUUUCUGUUGCUGAUGGGGAUAUCUAUAUUACCAGCUUAUAUUAACAAGUACAGUAUCUCUGUAUUUAUAUAUUUAACUCACCUUUCUGUGUCUUCACACUCUAAAAUCAGUUAAGAAAAAAGCAAGGUAUGUACCUCACAUCUAGUUUAGUCCAAAGUUCAUACAUACACAGACACACAAUAUCCUUCAUGGAAGCCAAGGCAGCAUAACUGUAAUUCCCAAGCAGUUGCCACUCUGGCCAGAACUACUUAGCUUCAAUAAGAUGGUGGCCACAUGUGCCAUAUGUGAAGUGUUUCAAUUGCACAUGAUUUCAUGCAAGUGCAUGAUAAUCUGGAACAUAACCCUAGUGUAAAUCAGGGGUUGCCUGUAUACUGGAUAUGCUUCGUGUGGGGACGUUUAUAUAAUUUAGCAGAGUUUAAACGAUCCUCUGUUUGAGUUUAUGCAGCAACAAGAGGGUUGCUAACUCGUUUGAGUCUUAUCAAUAAUUAUACCUUCCUGGUUGAUAAUCCCUUUCUGUUCCUCUUAAAGAAAACACACAUGAAUCUGAAUCAUAUUAACAUAAACUACUUUACUUUCAGAUUCAUUCAGGUUUACACAGUUGUUCCAGAAGGCAGGCUUAGGUUACAUGACAGAUAAACUAUAUACUAGAUAGUAGUGAAUCAUGAGAACACUGCAUCCGAGCAGUUACCAGUUAAAACUCCUAGCAGCAACCAACCAACUGACAAAACUGCCUGCCACAUAGAGGCAGUUAGUCUUCUCGGAAUGUUGGACUUGACUGACAGCUUUAUAUCCCACAGUUUGGGGGGGGCAGGGUUGGCACUAAUUACAAGUUUGAUAUUAGGUUUGACUGCUAGUAGAGAACUAAAUCAGAAUCUAUACAGUCGGAUCAAUUGAACCAUGAGAUUAUCUGUGAAUGCCAGACAUGCUAAAAGAAAAAUUAUACGGUUGCCUCCAGCAGAACAACUAGAUAGGAAAUUAAGCUUAUUUCCAGAGAACUACACAUAUCCAUAGUAAAACUACGGUAAUUGACAGGUAUGCAAAAAAUUGCAUUUAAAAAUGGAUCACAGACUUUCUUCCUGACCUUCAAUAAUGUUUUUUUUUUAAGCUUCUUUAUUAUUCAACAAUGUUGAUAUUCUACAUUUACCAGCUUCACAGACCAGUAGAAACAGUGAAAUCUGCCUUAUACUGAGUUAGACCAUUGGUUCAUCCAACCUAGUAUUGUCAACCCUGACAAGCCAUAACUCUUGAGGGUUUCAGUUCACCCUUACUGGAGAUGCCUGGGAUCGAAUCCAAUACCUUCUGCAAGGAAAGCAUACACUCUACUAGUGAUCUAUGGCCCUUCUCUGGGGUUUUAUUUUAAGUAGAUUUUUUAAGAGCAACAAAUCCUCACUGUUGCAGGGCUACCAUACAUCUGGAUCUUCCCGGACAUUAACAGGAUUUCAGAGGUGGAACUGACGUCCAGGGGGAAUGUGGUGCUUUGUCUUGGAUCUUAGGCAAGUCAAUAGAAAAACUGUGCAGGCUUUCCUUUAAAAAACUCAACAACUUUUGGGGUGUCCUGAACUAUGGCAACCUUACACUGUUGGAACUCUUAUUAUACUUUAUUGUAGCCAAGAUUUAUUAAGCUUUUCAUCUUUUUUUCCCCUCCUCAGAAAAAGGCACAGCAAAAAAAGCCUCCCCAACCAAGACCACCACCACCACCCAACUGUGUGCCUACUUGGUCAAGCUGCAAGCCACCAUCUCGUCCCUGCUGCGAUUUUUGUGCCUUCUGUCACUGCCGACUAUUUCAGACAGUCUGCUACUGCCGUAUGGGAAACCCAAACUGCUAA